AUGGAAGAUUCCCCGAACAACGAGGCGAAAGCCCGCGCUCGGCUUGACGCAAUACUCAUCUAUACCAUGGAUGACGCACGUGUCUGGGAUAUGCAGACGGGUCGGAAGCUUUCCUUGCAAUCCGAGUUCUCCCUCGAAGCGACUGUGAAGAACUACUGCAUCGUGGGGCGAGCCGACUAUACCAUCUGGUAUAGGAAGGCCAAGGAUACUGUGAACAAUGCCGUUGUCGUCGAGGCGAAGGCCAAGAAAGAGCUUGAGAGGGAUAUCCGGGCUCUACAAAUCACGGAGUCAAUAGUCGAGACUCCCUAUUUACUUGAACAUGCUAUACUACGCCAAGAUGACAUCCACGAGUACCCUGGCGGAUACAUCCGUACUAUCGUCAUGUCCAAAAUGCCUGGAAAGCCCGCAGAUGAAUACGAUGGCUUGACUACGAACGAACGCAGUCUAAUCAAAAGAAAGGUCACCAGAAUCUUGGAAAGCAUGCGUCUGGCGGGAUGGAAGAUGUCGGAGGGGUACCCUGAGUUGGUCGUCUACGACCGCAGCACUGGGGAUGUGUAA